AUGCAACUCUUGUUACUCAAGGAUGGAUUUGGGAAGGUGAUCGAAGUUCAGGAACUGCUUGGAAACUCCAUAUCACUUGUCUCCCCAGGAAGAGAGCUUUUGAGGACAGGAACACUUCAGAAAAUCUCUUCCACAACAGAAAAGACCGAAGAAAGAACGAUAUUUUUGUUCAACGAUUUAAUUCUUCUCGCAUGUGAGAGAAAGAUGAUCGGUCUAUACAAAUACCGCUUGCGAGCUGUAUUCCACGCCUGUCAUACUCAGAUUUGUGAGGGAGACAACUUAGAACGCGAACAUUCCUUCUACAUAAGGGGUUCCGAUGGAAAUGGACCAUCUCGAUGUGUUGAGUUGUACACUGAAACGCAAAAAGACAAGAACGAUUGGGUGGAGAGUAUGUGUGCUGUGAUAGAAGACUGCCGCGCCAACUCUGCCACAUUUGGAGGAAAAGUGAAGUCUGCCCUGUGCGAGAGCAACAAUAAUCAUAGUGAAAGCCGCAAUUGUGCUGACUGCGACUCUGAGUUUAGGUAAGC